UAUUAUAUCUUCUUCAUCGUGAAAACCCCUAAAUCGGUGAAGCGAUCGUUCGAAGGAUUCAUGCUAACUAUGACGGAGAAGAAGGCUCUCGAUUUCACCGUCGUUAAGAAGCCCGUCUUUCUCACCAAAGCUCACAGAGAAGAAUUAGCCCUAAAACGCCGCCACGACGAAAUCGAGGAUCGUCAUCGCCGCCUCGAUCAGAUCACUCGCUCCAACCCCGAUAAUGGUGAUGGAAACCGUUACAGAGAUCGAAAACGAGAACGAGGCCGCGACCGUGACAGAAACAGAGAGAGCGAUCGUGAGUUUCGUGAACGUGAAGCCAAAGCUAGGGUUGAGAAAUUAGAAAAGGUAGAGCGUGAGAAGGAGAUAGACGCCAUGAAAGAGCAAUACCUAGGAACCACAAAGCCUAAGAAGAGAAUCAUCAUGAAGCCAAGCAAGAAGGUCCGUUUUGAUUGGGAGAACACUGAAGAUACUUCGAGUGGAGAUAUGAUCAAUGCUCUUUACCAAAACCCUCACGAAGCUCAGCUUCUGUUCGGGAGAGGGUUUCGCGCGGGGAUUGACCGCCGUGAGCAGAAAAAACAAGUGGCGGCUAAGCAUGAGGAAGUAGAUAAGCAUUGGAGCGAGAAGAAGUUAGAGGAGAUGAGUGAAAGAGAUUGGCGAAUUUUCAAGGAAGAUUUCAAUAUUUCUUAUAAAGGAUCCAAGAUUCCUCAUCCAUUGAGGAGUUGGGAAGAGAGUAAGCUUAGUCCUGAGCUAUUGAAAGCUGUGGAAAGAGCUGAUUACAAGGAACCUAAACCUAUUCAGAUGGCAGCUAUACCUUUAGGACUUGAACAACGAGACGUUAUAGGUAUUGCAGAGACUGGUACAGGCAAAACCGUUGCGUUUGUUCUGCCAAUGUUAUCUUACAUAUCAAGACUGCCACCAAUGAGGGAAGAGAAUCAGAGUGAAGGUCCUUACGCUUUAGUUAUGGCUCCUACACGAGAGCUUGCAAAGCAGAUUAAAGAAGAGACGGUUAAGUUUGCUCGUUAUUUGGGGUUUAAAGUGAUCUCCAUCGCUGGUGGUGAGUCAAUUGAGAAACAAGCGUUGAAGCUAUCACAAGGAUGUGAGAUUGUGAUUGCUACGCCUGGUAGAUUGAUAGAUUGUCUUGAGAGAAGGUACUUGGUGUUGAACUAAUGUAACUAUUUGGUUCUUGAUGAA